UUGAAUUUUUUUUUUGUAAAUAUUAGUCUCGUACUUGGAAAGUAAUGAAGCAAACAAACAAACAAACAAGAAAAACAAAAAGUAUUUGUUAAAAACCUGUGAUAAAAUAGAUUCAUGAUCAAAUUUUUUCGUUUGAUCAUAAUCAUCAAUGAGACCAUCAGAUAAUAAAUUCAUACAAGAAUGAUGAUGAUAAUAAUAAUAAUAAUGACAUGAUACAUUUGUUGACUUAACCAAUGUCUUUCAUCAUCAUGAUCACCAUUAUCAUCAUCAUCAUUCAUUUUAAAUUUGCUGACUUAUUUUUUCAUCGACAGAAAUCAAUGUUAUUUUCAUUCAUAUAGUUAUACUCUUCAACUCAAUCAAUUUAUCAAUAUUGCGAUGUAAUUUCACAGACAAAUCAUUACAAACAGACAACAAUAACAAAAACGGCGUGAUGAAUGUUUCGGGAAAUGCCGAUAGUGGAAAAUAUUUAUCCGAUACAUCACAAGGUGGUAGCGGUGAUGGUGAUGGAAAUAUUAAUGAUCAAAGGGAAGUAAUCACUCAUCACCUAUAUGCAUCAUCAUCAUUAUUAUCAUCGCCCAAGAGACUAUCGCCUCGAUCCUCUAGCCAUUCAGUAUCAUUCAGUAUUAAUGAAUCGGUUGCUGAUGUUGCUAAGAAUAAUAAGAAUAGGUUGUCAAUGCCAUCAUCAUCAUCAUCAACAACAAUAACAAAAACACAUCAACAACAACAUUUGGAUAGUCCAAACAUACCGAAUUUAAAGAAACCACCACCAAAUACAUUGCCAUUACUGGAUACAUCCAUUGUUCCAGGGCAUACGAAUGAAAAAAGUCCAAUAUCUCAUCAUAUAUUGGAUGAGAAAAGUUUGAAUGAAGAUGAAUUACCAUUACCACCACCACCACCAUCACCACCAUUAUCGAUAACGCCGCCGCCAACGCCACCGCCACCACCACCUCUUUUGUCAUCAUCAAAAUAUACAACUAAUCAAUCAAAACAUCAAGAAUCUGAUAAUGUUGGUGGUGCUGUUAGCCGUACAAAUAGCAGCGGUAGUAUACCAGAUUAUCUAAGUCAUAAGUUACAUUCCCAGAUGAAUAUAACAGCAAAUUUUUUAAAAUCUAAAAGAAAAUCGAUAGCCGUCUCAUCUAUGUUGCGACAUGGUGAUCAUUUUAAUUCGGAAAAAAAUACCAAAAAACAACAACAUCAACAUACACCAUUACGUAUGGUAAAAGAAUCAUGUGAUUCAUCAACAUCAACAACGACAAGUGAAUCCUAUCAUCUGAAUGAUCUUCCAUCAUUACCUGCAAAGCUAGCAACAUUAAGUAAACCACCGAUAACACCAUUCUUCAAUUCAUCGUUUCGCCGUGCACGGCAUAGUAUCGAUGUACGUGCAUUGCCUUCAUAUUUGGCCAAAAAACGUCAAAGUACAUUUGGACAACUACUUUCAGUUUUAAGUCCAACAGCACCGGAUGAAAGCUCAUCGUCUGAUGAUCCUCUGUUUGCUGAGCCGAUUGCACCAACUCUUUCAUUGGGCGAAAGAGUUGCGUGGGUUAAAUCAUCAGGUCCAGAAUUCGGUAUUGUCAGAUGGAUUGGACGUAUGCCACAGAUAUCAAAUGAUUGGACCGUUGGCAUCGAAUUCGAUAAUGCGAUCGGAUCCGGUGAUGGAACUGUCGAUGGAAGACGAUAUUUUGUUGCCAAAGAAAAUUUUGCCAAAUUUUUACCCAUAUCCGAAUUGACAAAAGUCGAUAAUUAUGCUGGCAGACCUAGAUCAGGUACAAUGUUAUCACGAAUGUCAGUUCAAUUGAAACCUGGCCAGUUAAUUAGCAUACAACGUUCACCAACAACAACGGUUCCACAUUGCUACCUCAAUGCUCCUCAUCACGUUGGACACGAUGUACAUUCACCAAACAAUCGACAUUGUCAAUGUCAUAGUUGUAAUCAUCCAUGUGCUCACAUUUGCAAAACAAGAAAACCUAAAGGCAAACGAUGGACCGAAGAUAUGGCCCAUAUGUGCCAUUUUUCAAGCAAACCUCAUGCAAGUAUGUGCUGUGGUGGUGAAGAUCUGGCUACAGCAUCCGAACCAAUCAAGGAACCUGGUGCCAGUUGGAGACAUAGUGAAGUAAUCAGCUCAUUGAGAACGGUACCAACGGAAAUCAUUCACCAACGUAAAUCUACGAUCACUCAUUCAUCCAUCACUAUGCAUCAGAUUAAAGAACCGGAAAUGUUGAUGAAAAAAUCAUCAUCAACAAAGCAACAAAAUGCCGAUUCUUCACCCAAUUUUCAGCGUGAACAGUUAGAUUCUGCCCUUCUUGAACGUACCGGGUCGGAUCUUUCAAUAUCAAGUCUUCCGUCGAGCAGUUCAGUAGCUGAUAUUUAUAUUGGUCGUUCAGUAUUAACUGAUGAAUCGGAUAUCGAUUCCGAGACGGAAAGAAGUCUUGAUUCGAAUGCUAAAGCAAAUAAUAAACAAGGCUUUCGUUCACUUGUGGCUUGCUUUUUAGCAAAUUCAUUACGGCUAAAAUCGAUAAAAUCACAUUCAGAAAAACGUAAUAACAACAAAAUAAAUAAACCAGCAGAUCGGAGUCAUAUGAGGAGGCGUAAAUUUCCCGAUAAACAUCAUCAUGAUUAUCACCCACAAGAGGCUCAUCCACAUCAUCAUCAUCAUCAUGAAAAUAGAAAAGUAAGAAAAAACAGGCCAAUACAAAGGCUUGGAUUAAGUUCCACUGAUACCAGCUAUAAUAUCGACAUUCCAAGUAGUGUUCCAAAUACUCAACAAAACAACAGUCUUUCAUCGGAUAUCUCUCAUCAGCAAAUCAAUGAUGGACAUCCUUCCCCAUUACCUCCUCCUCCUUCUCUUCCUCUUCAAAACCCCCUUUUGGCUUCACAAUCACAAUCAUUAACAACGGCCUUUUCACCUCGAUUUCAUCCAUGUAAUUCAAAAACGAAUUUUUAUGCUUCAAAAAGUUCGCCUUAUCGCAUGACUGAAAUGAUGCAACAACAUCAUAUUGAUGGACAUAUUUCGGAAGAGAUAACAAAUAGUAGUAGCAGUAGCACACAAAGAAAUACUCGUACAGAAUCGAGCGAUAAACGAACAUCUAAUUAUGCUAGUAGUGAAAAUUUUCAAUCACCACGUCGAAGGCGUAAUAAAGGACCGGCUCCAAAACCGCCCAAAACUGGUAACAAUCAUCGACAACGAACAGAAUGUUCCAGUAGUCCUAUGUCAAAUAAUGAUGCCGUAUCCACUUCAUGUAAUUCUUUUCCCCAAAGUCUUUCGAAUUCUAGUUUAACGACAAAUUGUAGCUCUAAAGCACAAGUUAUCGUAACAAAAAGCCCUAUUCAACACCCGCCAAAUCUGGUUCGAUCAUUGUCUGAGCAUAAACAAUUGAAUAUGAAAAAUUUAAUUAAUGCAUUACCAUCGUACCGAAGCGAAGUCAAUUUACAAGAAGUGAUUUCAAAUAAAUUAGACAUUGAUGAAUCGAAAAAAAAUAGACUCAAAGUUUCUGAUGAAAUUGAUGAUAAAUCGAAUAUUAGAAAGGACGAUAUUGAAUCUAUAUAUGAGAUUCCGUUGUGUGGUAAAGAAUUACUUGAGAAAGAUAUUUUACCCAUGCUUCCAGAGAAAACAUUUGAUCCUUUAAAAGUUUUCGGAUGUACAAUGAAUGCUGAGACUAAACGAUUGGAAUCUAAUCAAAUACAAAAUUCAUCACCAAGUAUAAGUAGAAGUAAAUCCAUGCCAUUUGCUAAAUACACAUGUUGUGUUUUUCAUUGGAAAGAAUAUUUAGCUACAUUGACUGAAAAUCAGAAAAAUGAUAAAUCUAUUCCAUGUCCAGAACGGGAAUUAUGUGACGUGCUAUUAGUCGAUGAUCUAUGUGAUUGCAAAACAGAUACUGAAUUGAUUAGUAAUCUUACUAAUGCAUUGCUCAGCCCUAAGCACAGUGUUCGUUUUAAGAAAAAUGAUUUCCAACUACGAAAAUCAACAACAGAACAUUCAAAAAAUGGAAAAGAAACUAUUGAUAAUCUUUUAAAUGAGAUGAACAAUUUUGAAUUGAUACGCGUUAUGUCGGAUGGUUCUUUGACCAACACAACCAGUGCGACAACUGUAGUCGAAUAUAUUCACAAUGAUCAAAUAGAUGAUUCAAAAUCUCAUCAUAGUAACGAACCAGUAUCGCAUAAUUUAAAAGAUGUAUUUUGUCAAACGAGUUUUAAAAAUUCUCCCGAAAAAUUUUCACGCCGUUGUAAACAUAAACAUUGUCGAUGUAGGACAUUAAGAUAUCGAAAUCAUCGGAAAGAUUGUCGCCAUCAAUAUGCAUGUACUCUGCAUAAUGAAUAUUGUUCAUCAACAGCCGCGAAUCCAUUGUAUUUUGCUGCAGAGAAAAAAUGUUCAAACGUUUGGCUAACUAGUAGCACAUCUGAUCAUUCAUUAUCAUCAUUAUCUUCUUCAAAUUCCACAUUAUCUGAAACACCAUCGGCAAUACGUACUACAAAUGAAAUGAUCACUUUGAAUAAUCCAUUGAAAAAUCAUCUUUCUCCAAUGAAUAUAUGGGCACCUCCUCUAAUCACAAAAUUCAACAGACCAUGUACUGAUGUCAUUGGUAACGGGAAAAAAGAUUCGCUUGAAGAUUCGAUACAAUCAGAUCGGUCGACAAUAAGCACUGAAAAAUUAUUCAAAAGUGCUCAAAGUCAUAGUUUGAUGCAAACGUUUCCUGUGAACCAUCAUUUUUCGUCAGAAACAUUGAAAAAAUCUACAGAUUGUAUGUCGACUUUUAAUGAUGUUCCUAACGAAUUUGGCAAUAAAAAUGACUAUUCAUGGUCAAGAUGUCUCUUAUCACAAUUGGAAAUCGCUAUCGCUAAUGGCGAUCAUCAAAGAGCUGCUGUUCUAGCUAAAGAGCUUGCUUUUAAAAAGGUUAAUUGCUCUUUAACUGGAAAAUUUGCUCCAGGUCAAUGUGACAUUAUAUCUGGUUGCGAUUCUCCAAUAGUAACAUAUCUUUAUAUUGAGGAUAAAAUAUCUCACAAAGGACCCAUUCCAUUUCAGCUAUAUCCAUCAAUGACUGUAAAAAUGCUAAAAAUAAAGGUGGAAAAAGAAUUUGAUGUCCCCGGAGAAUUGCAACAAUGGAUUUUUGGUAAAAACUUGGCCAUAAACAUGGAUGCUUCUUUAUCGUCAUAUGGUAUCACUCAUUCUGGAUGUCCAAUAUUUCUUCAAAUCAAAAUGUUGGAUGAGAAUGAAAAAGAAUACACUUUGAAUCAAUCUUCAACAUUGGCUGAAACGUCUGAUUGUAAAUUAAUGGAUAAUGAAACAACAGAAACUAAUGGUGAUCUUUUCGAAAAAGAUGAUGAUAGUAUUUAUGAGUCGUUAAGACCAACCGACGAGCUGCCACCAUAUUCAACGGAAGAAAUAUCCGAUAACAAAGCUCAUGUUCAAUUAGUAAAUGAUGAAAAAUCAACAAUAAAUUACAUUCAAAAUCCAUUAGCAUCAUUGGAUUUCGAUGCGCUAAAUAGCGUUUCAUCUCGAACUAGUUUCAAUGAAACUAUUCACACCACUUCGAGUGAGCAGAAUUUUCCAACAAACUCAGCCAAAAGUUUUUUCUAUCAAGAAACUGGUGCACCUCCAUAUAAAAAUGAGCUCGUAUUUGAAAGUUUGAAUUUUGUCAAUGAAAUGUUGCCUAGAGUAGAGGAAGAAAAUGAAGAAGAACUUGAAGAAUAUGAUGAAGACAAUGAACAUGACGAUCAACAGCAUUCCAAAAUUACCACUAAUCAGAAUGGAAAAGACCAGCAUCUGAUUGAACAAUUUGAAUGUCUUAAAUGUCUGAAACAAAUUGAUAUGCGAGACAUCAUUAUCUUGAAAAAAUGCAAUCACACCUAUUGCCGUAAUUGCUUGCAAAAUUCGAUUGAAUUAAAUGAACAAGAUCAAAUAAAAUGUCCAGCUUGUGAUAGUGCAUUUGAAAAUAAGGAAAUUAAUGAUUACCUUGAAAAACAACAUCCAUUGGAAUGAAUAAUAAUAAUAAAAACAAUUGCAAUAAAAAAAAUGAAUUGUCAUUCAUUCAG